AUUCAGUUGAAAGAAUCGCACUCGCGAUCAAUUGACAAGCUCGGAACAAUCCGAAUCGAACGAUGGAUUACCUCCAACUCGGCCUCACCAUUUUGGCAAUACUCGUGGCCGUCUACCACCUGUCCACGAGGAAUCAGAAGCUGUUGAAGAAGCACGGGAUCGUGCACAUCCCCCCAACGCCGUUCCUGGGCAAUAUGGGCCCGUUGGUGCGUCGCCAGUGCCACAUGGAGGACGUGAUCCAGAGGGUGUACGACCUCGAGCCUGAGGCAAAGUACGUGGGGAUGUACGAGUUCACCACUCCGUUGAUAAUAAUCCGCGACCCGGAGCUGAUAAAAACGAUCGGGGUGAAGGAGAUCACGAAUUUCACGAAUCACCGGCCGUUCGUGGACGUGAGGGUGGAUCCUAUGCUGGGCGAGGUGUUGUUCGCGAUGCAGGGCGACCGGUGGAGGGAGCACAGGACAAUGCUGAGCUCUCUGUUCACCUCGAGCAAGAUCAAGGCAAUGUUCGUGCUCAUGUCCGAUUGCGCGAAAAGAUUCGCCGAUUAUCUGUCGAAGGUGGAUCGUGAGAUAGAGUUGAAGAGCGUGUUGACCAGGUACACGAACGACGUGAUCGCGAGAUGCGUGUACGGGAUCUCGGUCGACUCCGUGAACGAGCCCGACAAUAUAUUCUACGAGUACGGUCAAGUGGCGUCCCAACUGGCGACGUUCAAGCAGAACUUGAUGAUAUUCGUGCACAGGAACUCGCCCCGUUUGGCCAGAUUGCUCAACUUGAAGAUCCUGCCCGACCACAUAGAGAAGUUUUUCCACCGGUUGGUCGUGGACACGAUCGAGACGAGGAGGAGGGAGGGGGUGCACGGGUUGGACAUGUUGCAACAAUUGGUCGACAUGCAGUCGAAGAAAGAUUUGGACGGGAAGGGAGGUAUGAGCGUGUCCAACAUAGCCAAUCACGCGUUCAGCUUCUUCUUCGGAAGCGUGGACACCAUGGCCACGCAGAUAAGCCUGAUCGCGCACAUGCUUGCCGUGAAUCCUGACGUGCAACGGAGGCUUCAGGAGGAGAUCGACGAGGUUCUGUCGGCGGGGAGUGACGAGGGUGGGGAGGGGGGUGUUGGAUACGACGUGGUGCACGAGAUGAAGUAUCUGGACGCGGUGAUGAGCGAGGCGAUGAGGUAUCAUCCGAUUCUGUUGUUCGUGGACAGGGUGUGCGGCGAGACGUUCGAAUUGCCGCCCGCCCUGCCGGGCGCCCGACCCUUCAGACUCGAGAGGGGGAUGAACAUUUGGUUCCCCGUCAAGGCGAUCCACCACGAUCCCAAAUAUUUCGAGAAUCCGGAGAGAUUCGAUCCGGAGAGAUUUCUCAGGGAUGGGAAGAGAAUCGCGAGCUCGGGGGCGUACAUGCCGUUCGGGAUGGGGCCCAGGAAGUGCAUAGGCAGUAGGUUCGCGUUGACGGAGAUGAAAAUACUGCUGUUCAACAUCUUGGCCGUGUGCAGCUUCAAGGUCGGGAGCAAGACCACGGUCCCGUUGAAGUUCAAGGAGGGUGUGUUCAACCCGGUCGCUAAGAAUGGAUUCUGGUUGAAGAUCGAGCCCAGGGAGAACUCUUCUUCCGGAGAUGUUGCCUCCUCCAGUUGAUGGAACGGGGAAAGGAAGAAAUCUUUAUUUUUCGUGUGCACAUCUGUCAAGUUCAAUUCAAUACAAAGUGCAAACAUCGAAAACAUCUAAGAGGAAAAAGAUCGAUACCUCACAUUUUUCUCGACGUUCCCAAAUUUUUUGGAAGAGAAAGAAUCGAGGAUCGUUCACAGGAUUGCAAUUAAAAGAAGAAAAAAAAUAUCACUGUAUAAAGAGGAUCGAGGAAGAUUUAGAUCAAUUCGAAGGAGCAACCUUUCAAUUACGAUGGAGUUCACGUUGGAAAUCCAACGUGCACGCAAAUUCUAAUUCGAUUUGCACAGAGUAAUUGAUGUCCGUGGAAGGAACAACAAUUCAUCGCGAGGUUUACAGAUAUCGCCAACAAUCCGCCCUCGAAAGGCCGGGUUAAUAGGAGAUGGUGGACGAUAGAGAGAUCUGACGUGCAUAUGGACAGGCUUAAUAACAAUCCCCCUCCUCCCUUCUCCCACCCUGCCGUGUUUGAAUGGAACUAGCUACUUACCCUUCGUAGGAACUCAAAGGAAUUAGAACGAGCGUCUUAGUUUGCAAUUGCAGUUAUACCGUUCUGUAUUAAUUAUUAUUAUCAUGGGCCAGUGUUGGGGAGGGGGGGAUAUCCUCUAUUGCUCAACUCGACAUGCCAUUUCUAAUUGCGGAAAUCGUCUAGAUCCAGCCGGGGAUCCGUAAACGUGUAACGAGGGAUUUCUAAAACGUUAUCCAAUCCAAUUCCACGUGAGAUUUCGCGUUGUUGGACACAAUCCAAUGUACGAUCGAUGGAUUUUUCUUUAUCUUUUUCUUUUUCGAAUUAAUUUCUUUUUUUAUUGAAAUUUCAACGCUUAAAACACUUUUGAACGAAUGAAACGAAUUUUCGGAAAAUUUUAGUGUCGAUGAUGUGACAGUAACGCGUUUAUAGAUUGCGAUUCUUUUGUGUACAACAAUAAUGUGCGUAACAAUGCGAAUUUUUUGAUGUUGUUUUUUUUUGUAUCGAUCAAUCUUGGAUUAACGUUAAUUUAAUUUAGAAAAUUCGAUAGAAGGAAAGAAUUUUUAAAAUAAUAUCCUCUCUUCACUUUUCCCGUUUUCUUCUUCGAAUCGAGGAUAGUAAUAUCAUAUAUCGAGACGAGAAAUGUUAAAAUUAGAUUUUUAUUAGCUACGACCUCACGAAGGAGAAGGGGGUUGAUAAACUAUUGGUUGCAGGAUAAUCUUUUAACGCGUAACACUAUUCGACUUUGAUUAAUCAAAAUAUACGUCGUAUUUCGUCCGUUCUGCAUCUCUUUUACUCCCCUUCGUUUCGUCUUGGAUAGAUAAUUGGUUGUCAGAAGGUCCUCUAUCGGUGAAGAGAACAAGAGAAAAAUAAAGAGGGAGGGGGAGGGAGAGGGAGAGUGAGACUGGUCGGAUGCCCCGAAGUAAAUUGCGAAGGGGUGAUUCUGUCCAUUGCAAUUCGCCUCCAAUAUAUUAUCUUAUCCUCAGGCUUCAUCCUGUUGGGCCGUCUACUUUCUUAAAAUUACUUUUUAUCAACACUUUGUUUCGCCAAUUACCCCAAGUUUUCAUCUUUCUCCCAUCGCGUUCUCCGUCCGCGUUGCCCUCCUGGAGGAACCAUUUUGCCAAUUAUUGCCAACCACCUUAUGGAAAUGGACAGCGAAGUGGUUAACACGAUGAUGCAUCGUCCCUCCCUCCCGUGAAUUGCAUCAUUUUAUCGUGAUUUUUAAAAAAAUCUGCGAUACUUCAAUAGACCUUGAAUUAUAUUCCCUUUUCGUCCAUUUUCUUUAUAGAAGAUUUCUUUUAUAUUCUUUUUUUUUUUUUUUUUUUUUGCUUAUACGAAUGAUUC